AUGUCUGCCAAUACAAAAGAUGAUGAGGGAUCAUCAAAUUCAAAUGGAAACUUAUCUUUUAAGCAUCUCUCAGAGUACUUGUUACAUCCAACUCAGAAUUUUUUUCACAAUUCCUCGAGAUAUGUUACUAACUCAAAUAACCAUAACCAAGUUGUUGCAAAGACUCUUUCAAUCACAAGUAAUACAGAUGAUACAGGUGUCAAUGAGCUCUUACUUAAUAACAACAAAUAUAAUAUGACUGUGCAUCCAGCUCAGCACUUACAAAAUACUAUUAAGAUGCAAAAGCACUUCUCAAAUUUACAUGGUAACGGUAAUACUCCAAGUUAUAGAAUCUCUUUAACAUCAAGUGGUUCAACAGUGGCGAAAGUUUAUAUGAAAAACAUAGAUUCGAACGGUAAAAAGAAAUAUUCAAAAGGUAAAGAGACACUGCAUUUAAAGAGAUUUAUUAAAAAUCAUUCUAAAAAUGAAACUUUCUUAGAAAAUUUGAAUAGAAAUCUAAGUAAUGUAAGUCAUACAAGCAAUUCAAGUUUUAAUUCCCUCUAUAGUGAUAACAAUCAGACUGAAAAACAGAUCAAUUCUAAAGUUAUUACAAGAAUAUCAUCUGUAUUGUCAAAUACAUCCAUUGCAACAACAAAUUCAGAUAAUAAACAACAUCAUUCUUUAAAUAGAAAUGACAACUAUUAUGGGAUCUUUGCGUUCACUGAUGAAUUAACAAAUAAUUUUGAAUUUAAAAUGUUGACAAGUGAGGAUACUAUCGAUACGCUCUUAAGAUUUUAUGGUCAACCAAUUAAAAAAGUAGGUGAAGGUGCUAGUGGAACUGUUAACGUAUUAAAAAAUUAUGAAAGACAAAAACUGUAUGCUGUAAAAAUAUUGAAUUCAAAUGAUAUUCCUGUACCUCAACAAAAUAAUAGCGAAGGAGAGCCUGCUAAUUAUCCUAAUAGAACAGUCUCUAAAAGAGAAUAUGCUGAGAAAGUCACCGCGGAAUACUCUAUAGGCUCAACUUUGCAUCAUUUAAAUUUAAUUAAAAUCCUGGGAAUGAUACAAAUGGAAUCGAUUGGAAUGUAUUACUUAAUAAUGGAGUUUGCUCAACAUGAUUUUUUUGAUGUAAUAAUGUCAGACAAUUUACAAGUUGAUUCAAUAAAUUGCUAUUUUAAGCAAAUUUGUAACGGUGUGCAAUACUUGCAUUCAAUGGGGAUCUCUCAUAGAGAUCUAAAGUUAGAUAAUUGUGUGGUGAAUCAUGAAGGUACCCUCAAGAUUAUCGACUUCGGAUGUGCUGUCAUUUUCAAUGAUGAUUUAAAUAGCGACAAAUGCGUAAAGGCUUUUGGAAUUACAGGUUCAGACCCCUACUUGGCACCAGAGUUAUUGAAUACAAUCAAUAGGAGAGCUUCAAACGGUUAUUACGAUCCUAGAGCGGUCGACGUAUGGUCACUGGCAAUAAUAUAUUAUUGUAUGGUUGUCAAAAAGUUUCCUUGGAAAUCGCCAAAGCUAAUGUACAACUCAUUCAGAUUAUUCUGUUCAAUCCCACAAUACCCUAAUGAUUCAUUGAUGGGUCCUUACAGAUUAUUAAAAUAUUUACCAGAAGAAUCAAGGCCAUUAUUGAGAGAAAUGAUCAAAAUUGAUCCCUUAGAUAGAAUACCAAUGAAUGAAAUCGUAAAAGAACGUUGGUUUCAAUCUAUUGUGUGCUGCACCGAAAAUCCUGCUUCUUUGCAUUACAGAUCGGCACCGUAUAGGAUUCAUAGUCAUGAUUUAAGAUUGGACAUUGACUAUACGUUCAGUUAA